UCCUGCAUGUCCUCGUGAGUUUCAAUGGCUGGCAUCUAUAUUGUAAUCAAGAGGAGCAACCUGCUCAAGGACAAAUCUUCAGCUGUCCCACAGCUGUCAACCACAAACAAAGAGCAAUAUGAAUCAUCAGCACACUUUCAGCGACCCUGCAAUUAUCCAGCUCCUGAAUCGCGUCACAUGUCUGCCUGCUAUGUAUAGAGUCUGUCCUCAGAGCUGGACAGGAGGCAUUCACUCUGCCCGGGAGUGAGUGAGUAAGUGAGUGAGUGAGUGGUGAAACAGUGUAAAUGGUCUGGGUCAGACUCUGAGCAGGAGAUGUCAUGAAGCUGUGCAACAAAGAGGUGAUGGAGUCCAGAGACUCUAAGCCGCGGCCGCCUCCACCACCACCACCACCACACAGGCUGAGGAUCAACAUUAAUGGCAACUCUUUCUUUGUGGACAGAGGCACUCUGGCUGAGAACUGUGAGUACUUCAGGGCAUUGUUCCAGUCAGGGAUGAUAGAGUGCCGGAAAGAAGAGAUUCAACUGCAAUGUGUCGGAGUUCUGGGUUUCUCGGUCUUGCUGCGAGUCCUGGACGGGGAGCGGCCAACGCUCAACAGUGACCAGAUAGUGGAAGCCAUUGAGUGUACGGCUUUCCUGCAGGUGUCAGCCCUCACCAAGCACUUGAUCAAUGUCAUCAACUCUGAAAACUGUUUGCUCAUGUACCAUACAGCAGCCACCUAUGGUGUGUGGGAGCUGUCCCACAGCUCAGCCUUGUUCAUCAGAGAUAUGUACGCAGACCUGAGGGAAGAACUUCACACUUUACCCAACAAGCUGGUCGACUACAUCCAAUCUCUUCUGCCGAGCAGCUACAUGGCUGUGUGCAGCCACUCUCCGUCCACAGAGCUGCUGCCGGACGUCCAGAGGACUGUCUGGUACCUGGAGGAAGAGCCCAGAGAGUGGAAGGUCCUGACACAUCUCCCCGCGAGCACCAGCACCACCAUGGCAGGUGUGGCCGUCCUCCAGAACCGACUCUACAUAAUUGGAGGGGUGCAUGAUGUGAGCAAGAAGGUGGUCGAGACGGGUUUCUGCUACGAUCCUGAAACAAACGCAUGGUCAACCAUCUGUGGCCCCCAGCAACUGCGCUACAACCUCACUCUGAUAGGACACGAGGACUGCCUGUAUGCUGUAGGAGGGGAGUACAACAAGAAGGCCAUGUCGUCUGUGGAGAGGUACCAAGUGUCUGAUGGGAGCUGGAGUUUUGUGUCUGCACUCCCUGUCCCUGCAGCCUCAGUGGCCUCUGCUGUAGCCAUGAACAGGAUGUUUAUCUGUCUAUGGCGAGGACAAGGGGCCACAGAUAUCUUUGAAUACACGUCUAAACCAGAUCAGUGGCUUCUGGUCACCACACUGGUACACCAGCACAGUUAUGGGAUUUAUAUGGUGGCCCAUAAUGACAACCUGUAUGUGAUGCGAAAUGGACCCUGCGAGGACUUCUUGCGGUGUGUGAUCGACUGCUACAGUCUGACCUCUGGACAGUGGACAGCCAUGUCCGGCCAGUAUGGGAACAGUAAGGGUUCUCUGCUCACUGCUGUGGUGAGAGGGGACUCCGUGUUCACCCUCAGCAGACAGGUGACCACCGAGUACACUGUGGACCGUUACAGAUGGCGACCGAAACGUGAGAUGCAAGGUUUCGGCAGAAUUGGAUCCAUGUAUACAUUCCUACUGAGGCUGCCUAAAGCCUCAAUGUUAAUCACUGACAACAGUUUGGAUGUGACUAACGAUCAGAACAUCAAGCUCCUCAGCGAGUGUCCUAUAUUAUCUCCACAGUGCUCGUCUAACCUGUAGGAACUGCAAAUAAAAACACACAAAAAUAUAAAACAGGGUCUGAAGGAGGUGAAAGACACUUUAGACACAAUAGUUGGAAUGGUGUCUGUCGAUGGUGGUAAUAUGACGCCAGAUUAUUGAUCUUCUGUGUCAUAAAUGUAAAGUUCUUUUUGUGAUUAUGAGGCAGAACUGCUCCAUAAGCACCUUCGAUAAUAAUAAAAUGUAUAAACCUAAUGAAGAUAAUACGCAGAUGACAUAGAAUAUCAGUAAAUGAUAGUGUCUGAUGUGUGGUUGUCUGAAGACACAGUCUCACAGCUGACUGCUCACUCCCAGCACCAAAGUCCUCACAAAAGUGGAAAAGCUGCAUUUGAAAUAUUACAUUAUAUUCAUUACAAAGAAAUGUACUGUUCGAUGGUCCAUAGUGAACAUUAUAUCUGCAGGAAAGUCUGAAUAA